AUGCGCAGACAUUGGCUAACGGUAUACGUGUCCGGAAUGUCAGUUAUGUCACCACUGCCUCACAAAAUGACAAAUGAAAUGACAGACUUUCAUGACAUGUGGCAGGACAUUGAAAGUGUGCUAUUAAUUAGCGAUGGCUCGCAAUACAGUUCCUCAGCGGAGACCCACCGGUAUAUUCUGCAACAAAGUCAACACCAAAGCCAACCACACACUCAACACCACAACACAACUCAUCCGCAAAUCACUGCAAACGAUGUUUAUGUGAAACAAGAAUUCAAUCAAAUCAAGUCUGAAUACGAUUACCACCAAAACGAUACGUACGACCAGUCGGUGCCGUACGUCGAGAGCAACAACUAUUGCAAUGCCUCGCAAUGGACUUCAACGCCAUUACAGCCGAUUCAGUGCACACAACCAUCCAAUCAGUUGUGCGCCAAUAAUUUGUCGAUUGAAAAAUACAUAUAUAAAAAUACAUUGGCUAACGGUAUACGUGUCCGGAAUAUGUGGCAGGACAUUGAAAGUGUGCUAUUAAUUAGCGAUGGCUCGCAAUACAGUUCCUCAGCGGAGACCCACCGGUAUAUUCUGCAACAAAGUCAACACCAAAGCCAACCACACACUCAACACCACAACACAACUCAUCCGCAAAUCAAUGCAAACGAUGUUUACGUGAAACAAGAAUUCAAUCAAAUCAAGUCUGAAUACGAUUACCACCAAAACGAUACGUACGACCAGUCGGUGCCGUACGUCGAGAGCAACAACUAUUGCAAUGCCUCGCAAUGGACUUCAACGCCAUUACAGCCGAUUCAGUGCACACAACCAUCCAAUCAGUUGUGCGCCAAUCGUUUGGUGCACUCGAGUGCCAAAGAGCCGAUUCCUUCGCCACAACCGCACUCUCAGGCGAACGGAUCGACAAACUAUUAUUGUGAUCAACAAUACAAUAGUAAUUAUCUUCACUGGAAUUCAGACCAAUAUUCAUACGGAAAGCCAUCGCUAACCCAAUGCCAAAUGUCUGCGCAUUCAGUCAAUAAUUAUAGUAUGGGUUAUCAUCCAAAUACCAGUGCAAGUCUUCAACAACCCUCGCAUCGAAACAUAGUAACCCCUCCGGCGUCGCCUCAUCUCUCGGAGCUCUUAUCAAAUCAAAGUAAACCCCCGACCGGACAGUUAGCCACCGCUCACACCCUUCACACACACCUCAACAAUAUUACUAUUAAUUGCAAUUCAAUCAAUACGACCGCUCUUCAGACCACAGCACCCGCUCAGCAGAUCGUUCAGGUCGUAGGAGGACCUCAGGUUAUCAAUGGCACGAUUGCCCCAACCAUUGCGCCCACCAAACCCAGGAGAGGUCGCCGAUCGAGGGGUCCUAAGAAAGUCACUCUCCAUACCUGCUCUUAUCCGGGCUGUACUAAGACUUACUCAAAGAGCUCACACCUGAAGGCCCACCUGAGGACACAUACGGGUGAAAAGCCCUAUCAGUGCAAUUGGAAGGGCUGCGGCUGGAAGUUCGCCCGAUCUGAUGAACUGACCCGACAUUUUCGCAAACACACCGGCGAUCUGCCGACUCUGCGAGAGAGCCUUGAAAAGCCCUAUCAGUGCAAUUGGAAGGGCUGCGGCUGGAAGUUCGCCCGAUCUGAUGAACUGACCCGACAUUUCCGCAAACACACCGGCGAUCGUCCCUUUCAGUGCCGACUCUGCGAGAGAGCCUUUUCCCGAUCCGAUCACUUGUCCCUUCAUAUGAAAAGACACGCAGAGAUUGUGUAA